AACAGGAGGCCACAGCUUGUCCAAAAUGGCUGGCUAACGACCCUAAGUUUGCACUAGAAGAUGAUGCCUUUUUCAGGGACGAUUUUCUCUCUUGGCUCGUGUCUCGUGUGCUCUCUGUCUGCCUGUGUCCCUGAUCAUGCAUGUCCUGCAGUAUCCUUUAAUGAUUUAUCAGCAAGACUGUUGAAAGUUUAACUAUCCAAGAUGCCCGUCCCUCCCCCUCCAGCACCUCCACCGCCCCCGACAUUUGCACUGGCCAAUACAGAAAAGCCUACCUUGAAUAAGUCAGAGCAGGCUGGGAGAAAUGCUCUCCUCUCUGACAUCAGCAAAGGGAAGAAACUAAAGAAGACCGUCACCAAUGACAGAAGUGCACCGAUUUUGGACAAACCUAAAGGAGCUGGUGCUGGUGGCGCCGGUGGCUUUGGUGGUGGAGGUGGUGGCGGUGGAUUUGGUGGAGGCGGCGGUGGCAGUGGUGGCGGCGGUAGCGGUUUUGGAGGAGGCGGACCACCUGGUUUGGGAGGACUGUUCCAGGCUGGAAUGCCCAAGCUGAGAUCCACGGCCAACAGGGAUAAUGAUUCUGGAGGAACCCGACCGCCAAUUUUGCCACCUGGUGGAAGAUCCACAUCUGCCAAACCUUUUUCAUCCCCAAGUGGCCCAGGAAGGUUUCCAGUGCCUUCUCCAGGCCACAGAAGUGGUCCCCCAGAGCCUCAGAGGAACCGGAUGCCUCCUCCAAGGCCUGACGUGGGCUCAAAGCCUGAUAGUGUCCCCCCUCCAGUACCUAAUACGCCAAGGCCCAUUCAAUCAAGUCUGCACAACCGAGGCUCCCCACCAGUGCCUGGAGCACUCAGGCAGCCCAACCCUGGGCCUACUCCUCCCCCUUUCCCUGGAAACCGAGGUGCUGCCUUCGGAGGAGGCUCCUUACGCCAGACACCCUCAAGCUCCUCAUCACCCUUCUCCAACAGGCCUCCACUUCCCCCUACCCCAAGCAGGGCCUUAGAUGACAAGCCCCCUCCUCCACCUCCUCCAGUGGGCAACAGGCCCUCCCUCCACAGAGAAACCGGUCCACCUCCUCCUCCUCAGAACAACAAGCCUCCAGUGCCUUCCACCCCACGGCCUUCCUCCUCCUCACAGGCCCCACCUCCUCCACCACCACCUAGCAGGCCUGGCCCUCCUCCCAUGCCUCCGGGUUCCAGUGGCAAUGAUGAAAUCCCAAGGCUUCCACAGCGGAAUUUGUCCCUCACUGCAUCGACACCACCCGUACCUUCACCAGGACGUUCAGGCCCUCUUCCACCUCCACCUAGUGAGAGACCCCCUCCUCCAGUGAGGGACCCACCAGGCAGAUCAGGCCCCCUCCCUCCACCUCCUCCAAUAAGCAGGAAUGGCAGCACAUCUCGGGCCCUGCCUGCCACUCCUCAGCUGCCGUCCAGGAGUGGACUAGAUAGCCCCAGAAGUGGAGCCAGGCCUCCUCUUCCUCCCGAUCGGCCUGGUGCUGGGGCACCUCCCCCACCUCCCCCAUCCACAUCAAUUAGAAAUGGCUUCCAAGACUCAUCUUGUGAAGAUGAGUGGGAAAGCAGAUUCUACUUCCAUCCAAUUUCUGAUUUGCCUCCUCCAGAGCCAUAUGUACCAACGACCAAAAGUUAUCCCAGUAAAUUAGCAAGAAAUGAAAGCCGGAGUAAGUAUUUCUGCAAGGGCAUUUGGUAGAUUCCAUCUUUAAUGUAGUGAGUGGGCUGUGUGCCAUGGGUAGUACAGGAAUUCCAGGCCUCUUGCCUGGAAUGGGCAGAAAACCCCAUUCAAAACCAUAUAUAUUCUGGUCCACUCCCCUUCUACACACAAUAAGGAAAUGGGAGAUAUCCAGAAUAUAUAGGAGAAAUGGUUAUUUUAAUAUGUCAUUAUCAGCUGGCAAUACC